GCCAAGCUUUUCCCACUAAUGCUCUUGAAUGAAGGGUGCCAGCACCUCCCUUGACUUCAGGAAAUGAGGCUCCCCCAAACAUUCCCACUUACCCUUCUCUUCCUCAGUUGCCUAGAAUGCAACCCUUCUAGAAAGAGUAAGGAUAACAGUGAAAAGGGAAAACCGUCUUUCCCUUGGGCUCAGUCUGGACAGUUUUCCACCCAUGACAAGCAUCUGUGCAGUUGGCAACUCAUCUCUGGAGAAGGAGAUACUGAGCUCCAGAUCAGCUGUCAUCCAGCAGAAGGAGAGGCACAGCGGUGUGUCUACCGGGGCCAGCCAGAGUUAUGUGCUGCCUACGGUGCCAAAGGCCGUCAGUUCUGGAAGCAGAUCCUGGGCAAGCUGCGCCGGAAGCGCCAUCCCUGCCAGGACACCAGUCCUCUCAAAUCCCGGCUUUGUAGUGGCAAGAAGGAGGCAUCUGAAGCCCAGCUAUACCUGGUACAUACCACACCAAGCACAGACAUCCUGGUGACUACUGCAAAUGUCACUCAAGGAAGAUCCAAGGGGAAAGGCCAUGCCAAAAACCUACCAGCAUCACAGAGGUCACCACAGGUACCCCGAGAUAUGAUCAUCACUAACCCUGCAAAGAGUGGUGCCUUGAGGAAGCAGAAGAAAGGGGGGAAGAGGAAAGGAAGCCGUAACUCUACAGCAGCCCCAACCCGUCCACCCCACAGGCAGCCUACAGCAGUUGUAGAAGGCACCGUACAGCCCACAGACCUCAAUGCAGAUGUGGUAAACACCUAUUGUGAAGAGAAAUGGCAUUCCUUGUGUAACUUUUUUGUGAAUUUCUGGAACGGCUGAACUUGGAGGGUAAGAGGGAGGGGGGAAUGGAAAUGUACAGCAGAAGACCUAGUUAGUGAUAAAUAUGGAAGGGAGAUGGUGUGGUUUGAAAUAAAGGCAGAAACAAAUGGGCAGGUGAAAUGAAAAGGCUGAGUGGCCGCUGAGCAUGGGCAAAGAUGUGUAAUUUUGUGCAGAUCUGGGACUUUAUGAGGUAUAUAAUUUACUCAUUCCUACUAAUCCUGCAGAUAAUGAAGACACUAAGGGUGUGUGGAAGCUACUUUUGCAUGGGAUUUAUGCAUUAACAUAAAAUACAGAUCCUUCUUCCUCUUAUUCUAGAUCUGAUCCAUUUGUAGUAAACUGCUCUGCUGCUUCAGAUAAUUUCUUUCUUUACAAUAACUGAGAUGCUAAUCUGUAAUUAUAACAAAUUAUAUGAAAUUAUCAGUCAUUUAUAGACCUUUACUUUAUAUUAUGGAAAUGUUUAACAACUGUGUAAUGCCCGGUGAUGUAGAUGCUACUGGGUGUAACAAGACUAUGUUAAUGGCAAUAAUAAAUGAAGAUCUAUUAUA